ACAGCUGAGAAUGUUUUUUCUACGCCUCAAUCUACUCCAAUUGAUGCAAUACAUGUGCUUGAUGCAUAUUCUUAAAGCAUAUCCCAUGCAACCGUACAAGGCAAAAAAGUUUGCUGAUGCUGCCGAGUAUCCCGAUCUGACGAAUGGCCUAAGCGAUGCAGAACUGGAAGCCGCAUUAAAUGGCUUGUCUCUGGAUGAUCUUAACAAUUUGGAUAAGUACUUAGACAACAAAAUGGAGGAUAACGAUAAUUUUGAUGCAGGUGUAAGAAUGCGACAAAGGCAUGUUAAGAGAAUAAAGCAGCCAGAGGAAGAGCUGGGCAACAUAGAAUUGGGCUCCGAUGACACCUAUGAUCCGGCCGAAAAAUUAGAUCGCGAACGGGGGUCCAAAUUACACAAAUCUGCCUUCGACGACAGCUGCAAUGAUGAUAGCGAUCCAACCAAAGAACGUCCGGAGCACUGUAAAAACAAGCUGGCAGAGCGACCCAAGUGUACCAAGAAACCGAAGUGUACAGGGACCACAGAGCGUUGCCCGUUGAAGAGCAAUCUAGAUUUGUGCAAAUCUAAAGGUGGAGGUGCUGUCAUGGAUGAUGAUUAUGACAGGUUGCCUAAGUGUCCUGACAAGACAACAUGUAAGCCAAAAAAGAAGCCCAAGAAAAAGCCCAUAUGUGAAGAAGAAUGUGAUCCAGAAGAUGAGUUAUGUCUGCAAAGAAAUUUCAAGAAUCUCAAGCAGCAGAACCCAGAAAGAACGUUGAAGGAUUACGAUCUGAUCAACGACAAAGCUGUUGAUGAUAUGUCAGACUAUUCUUUAGGGCAUACCAAGUUAGACGAAUCAGAUGAACUUGGUGAUAUAGCUGAAGGUGCUAUGCCGCCAAUGAAACUAAAGAAAGAGCUGGCAGGGUGGAAGCCCAAAAAGGAACUGGAACUAGAAAUACUUAAUACGGACUACAACAAACUACCCAGCUUCGAAACACGUGGAGCAGAAAUAGGAGAUUUUAAGUAUAAUCGUAAAUUGGGCAAUGGCUUUGAUAUUUUGGGUGUUAGGAAAAUGUCUGAUGAUACGCCGCUGACAGAAAAUAGAGAACAGCUACAAGAAGAACAAGUUAACGAAUUAACGAAUGUUGGACCCGAUUUCAUAGCUAUACCACCGAUGAAAGUUGAGGGUCAGCCUGCUGCGUCCUCAGGAAAUAACCAAAAAGCAGGUCCUUUCAAUGCUGAACAGAACAUACGUUCUGGAAAAGUUGACGAUACUUCAGUUGGUAUGAAUAAUCAACCAGCAGCCUAUGAGCGCCAUCAGCUCUCACGCUUAGCUCACGAACAAGGGCAACGUUUCAACGAAGAGCAAACAGCUAAAGUGGAAGAUAAUCGUAAUCUGGAGGACUCUGCGGUCAGCGAAAAUGAUAACAUCCAGUUAGAUGAGAGUCUGACUGGUAGAGAGGAAGGCCUAGAAGCUGGAACUAUAGCAGCAGAAACGCCAAAGCUCAGUCAAAGUAUUAUGGAUGGAACGAAAUCACGGGAACUUGAGCAGAAGGCAAACAUUUUAAAUGAUGGUGAAAGUUUCAUUGCCAACAGCGCACGCGAUCCGCCUCGAUAUUUUAUACAAACCCCAAAUGGUUUCAUAAAAAGCGACAAUGAGCCUGGACAGCGACGAUUACGCAGCGAUGAGAACAAUAGCGAAAUGCUCAAUUUCAACAAUUUCGAGCAACUACAGUUCGUGAAAGAGAAACAAUACGCAGAGGAGUGGAGACGCAGAAAGCGUGAGAAUAAGAAAACGGAUGAUGCGCCUGAGAACUCCAAGGAAACCUAUCUGAAGAAACUAAUGGACUCAUUUCCGCGAGACACUGGCAGCCAGAGCAAUGCAAAUAUCGCACGAAUGGCGGAGAGCGCGCAUGUACGCGUUAAGCGCUCUUAGCUUUUUGUUAGUUUUUAUUGAAAUUAUUUGUUUAAAUUAUACUCAAGCGUAUGUAUAUAUUUUUUAUUGAGGAUAAAUAAUGUAAUAUUUUCACUGUACCUAUUCAAAGAAUGGCAAUAAAAAAGGCUUUUUAGAAA